ACUUUUUCAGCAAAUGUGGCAGUGUAGGCGGUUGGCGUCAACUUCGGCGGCGGCUACAGUAACCCAGAAGCAGCGAUUCCGGCCGGUUAUUGGAUUGGAGAUCCACGUACAACUGAACACCCUGACAAAACUAUUCUCACGAUGCCCAACGUCAGAAUCGUCACCAAAUCGACGAGUCGACGCAUUCGAUAUGGCCACACCCGGCAUCCUACCGGCACUCAACAGGCAAUGUGUACUCCGUGCACUGAAAAUGGCUCGAAUUUUGCACUGUCAAGUGCCCAAAUCGUCGAGAUUCGACCGCAAACACUAUUUCUAUGCGGACAUGCCGGCCGGCUAUCAGAUCACUCAAAACGAGAAGCCCAUCGCGAAAAAUGGGAAAUUCGGAUUUUGGGUGUUCGAUGAGCGCAUUGAGGUGCCGUAUUGGAAGGAGGUAGAAAUUCUACAACUCCAACUUGAGCAAGAUUCGGGAAAAACCAUCCAUAUGACGUCACAAGCAGCUCCGCCCACAUCUCUAAUCGAUUAUAAUCGUGCCGGGUGUGCACUUGUCGAGAUAGUGACGUCACCAUGCUUCACAACAGCCAUCGAAGCGAUCAGAUUUGUGCAAAUUCUUCGGCUUCUGCUCAUUCACCACGCGAUUUGUGACGGAGAACUGCACAGGGGACAUAUUCGAGUUGAUGCUAAUGUUUCACUGGCAAAGGAUGACGUUUGGGGAACCCGAACGGAAAUCAAAAAUAUGAACAGUAUCCGCACAAUUCACACGGCAAUCAACUACGAAAUCGCGCGGCAAUUUGAAAUUCUAAAAAACGGCGGAGCAGUACAAAAUGAGACACGGGCGGCCGAUUCGGAAGGACGGACGGUCUCGAUGAGAGAUAAGGAGACGGAGGAAACGGAUUAUCGAUUUAUGGUUGAACCGAACCUUCCACAGCUGAAAAUCCACGGAAAAUGGCUGAAAGAAGUGGAAGAAGAGCUGAAAUGCGAGGGAAAAGCCGAUUUUGAAGUUUUGCGGGAAGAUGUCGGAUUUGAUGCGAGAAGUGCUGUUCAUAUCGCUGAAGAACCCGAGCUGCUGAGCUUCGUAAAACGUUGUAUACGAUACAAGGCACCUACAGUAACCCCAGUCGACAUACUGUAUUGGAUGAAAGAGCUGAAAACUGUUAUGCAAAGAUCAAAAGCCAAUUAUCCACCUCAAAGCGAAUUCUUCGCCCGUCAAUUCACCACCCUUCUCAAAUUCUCAUCAGAGCACCGUCUAACUCGCCUGCGUCUCCUCGAUCUUCUACGUCACUAUGCGACUGAUGAUGACGUCAUGGCCGGCGAGCUGGAAAUUUUAAUCGAAGAAAAUCGAUAUUGGAGAAUACGGGCGCCGGCGGAAAUCGACGAAAUCGUGCGAAAAUCGAUGGAAAAACAGGAAAAAUUGGUGGAAAAAUGCCGAAGUGGACACGUGAAAAGCUUUAAUCGAUUGAGAAAUUCGAUUAUUGAUUCUUCGAAUAAAUGCAUUGAAUUGGAGGAUUUAGAAGCAUCGAUUAGAAGAUUAUUAUAAAGAAAAUCGAUAAUUUUUUGUAUUUAAAUUGCUAAAAAUCAAUAAAAUCCUAAAAAUUUG